CCCUCCGCCCUUCAGCCCGCAAACACCGCCGCCGCUCAUGGACGACCCGUGCGUCUGCACACGCCAGCACAAACCACGCUUUGAGGAUUUCAGUUAAAAUCCAGCGCAGACAUGAUGAAGUUUUGUUCCGGAGUCGGAGAGACGCUGCUGCUGCUGCGUGCUGCUGCACCAGCCCCGCACGGAACGUGUGUCAGGGGAUGAGUAACCAGCUGACCCAGGUGGGGACUCGUGACUACCACUACGACAACAUGCUGAGGAUGUACUCCAACUGCUCCGUGGUCCUGGAGAACCUGGAGGUCACCUACACCCUGGAGCAUCAGGACCUGUCCUUCCUCCAGUCCAUCCAGGAGGUCGGCGGCUACGUCCUGAUCGCCAUGAACGAGGUACCGACCGUGCCGCUGUUCAACCUGAGGCUGAUCCGGGGUCAGAACCUUUAUGAAGGCCAGUAUGCUCUGCUGGUGAUGUCGAACUACAACAAGGACCACUCAUCUGUGACGCUCCAGUACACCGGCGGGCUGAGGCAGCUGCAGCUCAGCAGCCUGACGGAGAUUCUGAAGGGUGGGGUAAAGAUGACCCACAAUCCCUUGCUGUGUAACACUGAGACCAUAGAGUGGUGGGACAUCGUGGACAAAGCCAGCAGUCCCAGCAUGUUCUUUAAGACGGACGCCUACGCUCGCAUAUGUGAGAAGUGCGACCCGGGCUGUGUUAACGGUUCCUGCUGGGCGCCGGGACUUCAGCACUGCCAGAGAUUCACCAAGCUGCAGUGUGCAGAGCAGUGCAGCAGGAGGUGUCAAGGCCCCGGGCCAGCCGACUGCUGCAACGAGCACUGUGCUGCAGGCUGCACAGGACCUCAUGCCACGAACUGUCUGGCCUGCCGGGAUUUCAAUGAUGACGGGACCUGUAAAGAUGCUUGUCCGCCGCUGAAACUCUACGACCCCAAAACCCACCAGGUGGUCAACAACCCCAAUGCCAAGUUCACUUACGGGGCGACCUGCGUCACAAAGUGCCCGCGCAACUACGUAGUGACAGAAGGGUCCUGUGUACGAACCUGCAGCGCUGGGAUGUACGAGGUAGAGGAGAACAGAGUUCAACGCUGCAAAGCCUGCGAAGGCCCCUGUCCUAAAGUCUGUGACGGAGUUGGGGUUGGCACACUCAUCAACACCAUGGCAGUCAACGCGUCCAACAUCGAGUCCUUCAGGAACUGCACCAAGAUCAACGGGGACAUCUCACUCAUCGAAACCUCCUUCGCUGGGGAUGCGCACUACAAAAUCCCGCCCAUGCACCCAGAUAAGCUGGAGUACUUCAGGACUGUGAGGGAGAUCACUGUGUUUGCUCCUCAGAAUCUGAGCUCCCUGUCAGUGUUCGAGAACCUGGAGAUCAUCAGAGGAAGAACAACACGAGCUCAGCACAGUUUGGCCGUGGUGAGAGCGAAGCACCUCCGCUGGCUGGGCCUGCGCUCCCUGAAGGAGGUGAGUGCCGGGAAGGUGGUGCUGAAGGACAACAUCCAGCUGUGCUACACCCAGCCCAAGCAGUGGAGCGGCCUAUUCAGAUCCAGCGACCAGAUCAUCACUAUGCAUAAUAAUGCUCCGCCCGACGUCUGUGAACAACAGAACCGCACCUGUGACUCGGAGUGCACAGACGGGGGCUGCUGGGGUCCAGGUCCCACCAUGUGCGUCUCCUGUCAGCACUUGGACCGCAGGGGGCGCUGUGUGUCCGCCUGCAACCUGCUGCAGGGCGAACCCAGGGAGGUUGAGGUGACCGGCAGAUGUGUGGCGUGUCACUCAGAGUGUGAGCUGAAGGACGGGGUCCCAACCUGCACUGGACCGGGUCCAGACCAGUGCUCCCAGUGCGCCCGUUUUAAGGAUGGGCCUCACUGCGUGCCCCACUGCCCCCACGGCGUGCCAGGAGAUGGAGACACUCUGAUAUGGAAAUACGCCGACAGCACGGGCCAGUGCCAGCCCUGCCACCAGAAUUGCACCCAGGGGUGUUUGGGUCCUGGCCUAUCAGGAUGCUCGGGUGCUGCUGUCCACUCCACGCUGGCAGCAGGUGUGGUUGUCGGGCUCCUGGUCCUUGUCAUUGCGUCACUGAUCAUCUUUGUGUUGCUACGGCGACGACAAAUCCGGAGGAAGAGGACAAUGCGCCGCCUGCUGCAGGAGAGAGAGCUGGUGGAGCCGCUGACUCCGAGCGGUGAAGCUCCAAACCAGGCGCUGCUGAGGGUCCUGAAGGAGAUGGAGUUCAAGAAGAUCCGGGUACUGGGCUCUGGGGCCUUCGGGACUGUCUACAAGGGGCUAUGGAUCCCUGAGGGAGAGAGUGUGAGGAUCCCGGUGGCCAUCAAAGUUCUCAGAGAGGCAACCUCACCGAAAGCCAACCAGGAAAUCCUGGAUGAGGCCUAUGUGAUGGCGAGCGUGGACCACGCUCACGUGUGUCGUCUACUGGGAAUCUGUCUGACGUCGUCGGUCCAGCUGGUCACGCAGCUGAUGCCGUAUGGCUGCUUGUUGGACUACGUCCAGCGCCACAAGGACAGCAUUGGAGCCCAGUGGCUGCUGAACUGGUGUGUCCAGAUCGCCAAGGGGAUGAACUACCUGGAGGAGCGUCACCUGGUGCACAGAGACCUGGCAGCGAGGAACGUCCUGGUGAAAACGCCAAACCACGUCAAGAUCACCGACUUCGGCCUCGCCAAACUGCUGACGGCUGAUGAGAAGGCAUACCACGCUGACGGAGGAAAGGUUCCCAUUAAAUGGAUGGCGCUGGAGUCGAUCCUCCAGUGGACCUACACACAUCAGAGUGACGUCUGGAGCUACGGUGUCACAGUGUGGGAGCUGAUGACGUUCGGCUCCAAGCCGUACGACAGCAUCCCAGCCAGUGAGAUCGCCUCGGUGCUGGAGAGAGGAGACCGGCUGCCUCAGCCCCCCAUCUGCACCAUCGACGUCUACAUGAUCAUGGUCAAAUGUUGGAUGAUUGACCCUUCCAGUCGCCCCAGAUUCAGAGAGCUGAUCGCUGAGUUCUCUAAAAUGGCCAGAGACCCAUCCAGAUACCUGGUCAUACAGGGCGAGCUUCCGAGUCCCUCAGACAGAAGGUUUUACUCUCGCAUGCUGAGCUCGGACGGCGUGGAGGACGUGGUCGAUGCUGACAAAUACCUGCUGCCUUACAAAGGAAUGAGUAACCAUGACAACAGUCCCUGCAGCCCCAUGAACAACCCCCCCGCCCAGGAGAACAGCGUCGCUCUGCGGUACAUCACUGACCCCACUCACAUGGUGGAUAAAGACAACGUCACCAGCCACGACUACAUGAACCAGACUGUGAGUGAAACCAGCCGGAGUUGCAGGCAGUUGGAGGCUCUGAAUCCCAACUACGAGGACCUGAGUGUGGACUGCAGUGCAGCCUCCUUCCCCUCCACGCAGGAGGAUGUGAAGCUCUCCAGUCAAGUUCCUGAGGGGCCAGAAUACCUGAACACUGCCCAGAGCUCGCUCCCACUGGCCGCCAGCAACAGUCUCGACAACCCAGACUACCAGGCCAGCUUUGUGCCCCAGGCCAACUCCGCUUGUGCCAGGACUGGCAUGUUCCAACCGGCAGCAGAGAACCUCGAGUACCUGGGCCUGGGUGCUGCUCCUGUCAACUAGAGGGCAGCAGCGGGCUGCUGGCAGUAUGUAGUUUAGCUGUUUUCACUGUCAGUGUUGUGUCACAUUCCCACUGGGAGCUGCUUGGCGUGCAGCCCCACUGGAACUGAACCUUGGCUGCAGGAGAGCCAGCCUCAGACCAGCAGCUCACACACUGGAUGUUUCCGAAAACGUCUCACCAGCUGCAGUGACUUGUUUGACAAGCUGGAAACCAAACAGCCACCUGUUGGUGGCGAGACAGAAUUUUCUCAGCAGAACCCACAGAGACAAUCUUUAACAGGUAUUUAAUUGAUCCAUCUCGGUUUGUGCCGCCAGGAAGCAAUGCUGCAGAGAGAUCCAGACGUUAGUGACACAAACUGAAACGCCCUGUGUGAGGUCCAGCUUUUUAUCCUCUGCAUCCUCUCUCAUCAGCAUUUACUUUAUUUUAUUGGGUGGUACUAAAAACGGGAGCACUAUGGAAAUAAAAUCAGGGAUUUUGAACAUCUUAAACAAAUGAACAUUUUCAAAUGUGCACAGACUUAAUGUGCAGAAACGCACUGUAUUCACUUGGGUGUGAAUGUUUUCUUGUAAUUAGCAUUUUAUAUUUAUGAGAAAUUUUAUAUUUAUGCUCAUAACUUCUAUGGACCAGUCUGGUACUACGGAGCAGCAGCACCCCGAGAUGGCGGUGCCAUGGCUCUGCAGCUCUGUGCACUGAAAGCAGGAAGCUACUUAGAUUAUUAGACAUUUUAAAGUCUCUGAGCUGCAGCUGCGUAUUGUUGCCACCAUGACAAAACAGUUUCUCACUAUAACGGGAGCCUUCUUCUGUUUUAAUAAGAUGCUUUAUGAGAUAUUUAUUCAUGUAAAUAUGUUUUUGCUGCCAAUUCUUCCACACUGGAUCUUUUCUGAGGUCAGAACCUUUUGUUUGGAACAUUUGGGCCAUGAAAGCUAAUGUUCAACUGUUUCUUUUGUCUGCUGUUGUAAAGGUUUGUGCUGAGCCUAACGUCAUGGGGCAGCUGCACUGUGGUUUGUUGUGUACAUAGAAGGAGGAGGAGAGUUUCCAGCGGCUGUUUGGGUGGACCAGUGCGCUCUGGGUAGUGGUGUAGAGACACCUUUGUGUUUGCCUAGUGACCGAGUAAUGUGCUUAAAAGAAAUAUGAGUGUUAUAUUUCCACUUGAACCAAGCAGGAAGGUUUUCUGGCUGCUUCACCAGGUCUCACUUCAAGUUGACAUCUCCACAGGAAAGUCGGCUGAAAACAGUCUGACUUGAAAUACUUUGACUUCAACUCAGAGCAGUUUUACAUGUGUACCAGAAUGGAUGAAUUUUCACUUAAGUGUAAAAUGUGUUUUAUUCUCUUUUACUUGACAAGAAUGAGCCAAACUCUGAUUUCCUGUUGCUGCAGAUGUACGGAGCCUGAGAGAGCGGCUUUGGUUGCCGAUUAUUCUUCAGGUUCUCCAGGAUAUUCAUUUUUCAUCCACAGAAACUGUUUCCUUGAGAAAACGAGUCAAUUGGCUCCAGAAGAUGAUGAGCCUGAACUAUAAAUCAUCAACCUCGAGCUCCCUCAGCUUCCACAGGAAAUGACAGAGGAGUCCUAUUGAAUGUCUGUACAUAUUUUACUGUGUAGCAUUUUAGUUUUCAUCAUUAAAUGUGAAAUUAGUCGUGAA